AAAAUUUUGAGGUCACUUUCUUCCAACUUUGCGUUGAGAGGGGCACCACAAAGAAAAAGCCAAACCAAACCCAAAUACCAAUUACAGCCGACCUUCUACGACCCCUUUUCUUUCUUUUUCUCUCCCAUUUCCCAUUUCCACAAAGCAAAAGAGAAAUCCAGAUGCUCACGCGUGUUAUUCAAUAACCCCCUUCCUUUUCAAUUCAAUGUUCGCUUUCCCAUUGUAAAUUCCAAGUGCUUUCAAAUUACCAUAUAAUAUAUAUACACAAUAAGCUCCCGAGUACAAACUAUUGUAAGACAGACGAACAAUCAAUCAUCAAAUUCUCCGAAUUCUUCAUUUCUUUUAGUCCAAAACAUGUCUGGUAUGUUGGGUUCGCAGGGCUUGGUUCUGGCCACGGCCAUGGUGGUUUCAACUACGGUCCUGUUCAUUGCUUUCUCGAGGCAGAAGACUUUCUCCGAGAAUCACGAUUCCCGCGAGCCAGCCGACAAAACCCCACGCUCUUGCUUGUCUUCAGGUGAUAAAAAGAAAGGAGAGAAGAAGAAAAAGAAAGUACAAUUCGCGGAGAAUGUGAAGGAGAAUCAAUACAAGAAGAAGAGAAGCAGAAUGGAAAGCGAAUACUGCAGAGACGAGAUUCCGGGAAUCCAAGGAAUGCCUGCGAAUCGAGCUGCUCUCUACAGAGGAAUUCUCAAGGAUCGCGUGCAAAGGAUUGAGUGUUCCUAUUGAUCAUCGUUGGCCUGGAAAAUUCUUGAUUUUCCUUGGAAAUUUUUUUUUCUUUUGUACUUUUUUUAUUUUUAUUUUUCCUGGUUUUCAGUUGGGGGAAAAGGGAAAUCUUUUGGUUUUCUGUGGUUGUAAAUACUUCAACUUUGUCCAACUCAUGGAUUUUUUUUUUUUUUUUUUUAAUUCAAUGAGAAAUGUUGGGCAUAGCUAGAAUAGCUUCGUCUUCUUCACUUUUUAUUUACUUCUUUAUUUUUUUUGAGAAUUUUGUUGGGGAAUAUAAAAAUUUACUUUAUUCAUGGGAAGAACUUCU